AAGUCUAAGCGACUGCGAAGCGUAGACUUUAGUUAAUUUAGCUGAUCAGCCUAGUCGUGAGCGGACAAGUGUGUGGUUGGUUGCACGAAUAUUUCGAAAAAACUGCCCUUUGUGAAAGUAAAAACUGUGAAUUUUCGGCGACAAGACAAUUGUAACGUUAAAACGCCACAGGAGUACUAAAGGAUCAACAUGAUUGCGCGCAACAACAACAACAAUGUAUGUCUACAACUGUUACUACUCAGCUUCAUCGCCACCAACAUAGCGCUGCCCAUCAUGCCACGGGACUCACCCAUACAGACAAUCAUUGUGCCCUAUCAGCGUCAUACCGUUAGCGGUCAUCCCUAUCAAUACCCGAAGUUGAUGACCGAAAAGCGACAGGUGCUGGUGCCCGCCGUGAUGGAGGUGGUGCCGCGCUUCAAUCUCAAUCAAGGUGAUAUGGCCAUGGGCAGUCAGAAAGGUGCGCCCGUGAACUUUGCCGACGGUGCCUACCCGGUCUACUAUAUGCCAAGCAAUGUGAACGGUCAAUUCAAUGGCAAAAUUUCGCUGCUGGAGAAUGCGGUGCAGGAGUAAUGCGACGGAAAAUACUAAUUUAGUGCAGACAUACUUACUUACUUACUUGGUAAUUUAAAUAGUUUAGUUUAGAAAAAGUGCUAUUUUACUCUUCCACCUAACGAAUACACUGUGAUACGGAACGUGCGCAAUAGUCCCAUUAAUGGAAAUAGUUUUAGUGAUUUAUAUACAUAAUAGAUCUUAAAGCGAAUACUAUGUAAUAAAGAUGUGUGUAA